AUGUUAUUUAAUUAAAAAAUAAAAAUAAUGUUUGUUAAAUCUAAUUCAACUGGUAAAUCUAAAGAUAAACAAUUACAGUUAAUUAGAAUGACAGAAUAUUCAACAUGUUCAAAAUUAUUGACAAAUAAAACAGAUUAUAAAAGACCUCAACCAAUUAAAAUUGCACAAUUACUUGGACAAUCUGAAAAUUUAAAAACUAUUCAAAAAGAUAGUGUACGUAAAAGAGCACAACCUGAAAGAUUGGGAACAUUAUCAAAUAAAAAAUAUUCAAAAAUAAAUAAAGAACAAAGUGAAACAAGUUAUAUUCAAUCUUCUAAGAAAAGUGCACGUAGAAUUCUUAAUUUUAGUGCAAUUUCUACAAACACAAAAGAUAACAAUGAAAAUAAAAAUCAAUUAAAUAAAAUUGUAAUUAAUGAACAAUUUCAUAAAAAAAAUUCUAAACCGGUAAGAAAAAGUUCAUUAAUUCCACCAAAUACUAUAAAAGACAAAUUCAUACAAAAUUAUUCUGAGAAAGUAAAUAAGAAUUCAAAAAAAAUUUUAACAUUAAAAAAAACAAAUGAAGUAAAUAUUGAUCUUCCAGUUAAAAAUAAAAUUAUAACUGAUUCCUCGAAUAUCAAUAUUAAUUUUAUUAAUAAUGGACAAAUAAAUGAAGAGAAAAAUAUUCAAUUUUCUGAUUAUUCAAGAUCAAAAGUUAAUGAUAUAAGUGUCCAACAACAUGAAGCAUUACUUGUUACUCCAAAGUCUCCAAUUUUUUCUAACUAUGAAUCUUCUCAACAAGUAUUAACAAAAAAUAAUGAAUCCGAAAAAAAUUCCAUAAGUCCAAACAAAAAUAUUUCAAAAUAUGACAUAUCCAUAAAAUCUCCUUUAAAAAAAGAUGAUUGUAUUGAAAAUUUAUGUAAUUACAUUCAGGAUACAAAGCUAUUGGCUUCUGGAACUAAUAUGAAUGUGGAAUAUGAAUCAUCUGAAAUAAUCUGUAUAAAUAAAGACAAAAUUAUUCAUUUAGAAUGUGAAUUGAAAGAUUUAUUAAAAAAAGCAGAAAAAAAUAUGAUUAAAUUAAAAUCAACAUUAGAAGAAACAGAAGAAAAUGUGAAUAAGUUAAAAUCAACAUUAGCAUUUGUCACAAGAUUAUUAUAUACAAAUGAUAAAGAGAUUACACUUUCCAAUAUUGAAUUAAAAGAAGAAAAUAUUAUGACAAAUAAAGAAAUUAAAUUAAAAACUUGUUGUAAAUCAAUUCAAUAUGCAGAAGAACAAUUAAAAACACCUAUUUUACAUAUUUCACAAAUUACAGAGUUUUCAAAUAAAAAUAAUUCAAUUCAAAAUGAUGAAAAUAAAGAAAAUAAUAAAGAUUGGAAUAUAAGAUCUGAUAUUGAAACAGAUAGAAGUUUUUUGGAAUUAGAAAAUCAACUUAAUAUUAUGCAUGCAAAACCUAUUCAUGAUUAUUCAAUUCAACUAAAUACUCCUAUAAUCACAAAGUAUAAACAAAAACGAUCAUUUAGAGAAUAUAUGGCUUUAAAGUCAAGUAUAAAUUUCUUAGAAACUCCAGAUGGUAAAAAAUUUAAAUCUUUGUGUCAGAUGGAUGAUGUAGAUAAAUCUGUUCUCAAUGUAACAUAUAUAUCAAAUAAAUUGCUUACAGAUCUUCAUACUUUAUAUUCUGAAUCACCAGAUUCUUAAUUAUGAAUUUUUUUUAAUAAUUAUAAUGAAUUGAAACAUUGUAAAAAUACCUUUUAAUUUAUAGUUUAUUU